UUUGUUGCCAAGGAAAUGUGUUUUAGUAUUGCUAAGUGGCCGGAAAUUGAAAUUUACACAAAUAAGUCUUGAACAUUCUUUAUGUUAAAGUGGGAAAAUUAUGCUGUUGCUUAGUAUUUAGUUUAUACUUGUGUAUGUCAGGCAUCACACAUCAUCCAAAAUGCUGAGAAUUUUUGUUUAGUCAUGUUUUAGUUAUUUUUCAAUAACUACAUCAGAACUACAUCAGUUGGACUUAUUUUUUAUCUAAAAGAAUUCACUCCUUAUCGUGCACUAAGAAGAAACUUUAAUUUUAGGAGAUGAUGAACACUUUUUAAUCAAAUUAUGAAGAGUUUAUUUCGUUCAAAGAAUCGCUGUAAUUCCCCAUCAUACGCUCACAGCUCUCGUUCAUCAUCUUUAACAAGUACUGGUGAUAGUGGAAUUGAUGACGAUAUAAACCAAACAGGAUCAUCGUCGUCUACCAUGAGUAAUUAUAGCAACCAGGUCAAUGGAGGACCAAGAAAUUUCUUUACUCCACCCAAUGUUGUAUCAGUAAACAAUGGCACGUCUGCAGUUCGCAGUAAUUUUCAUGUCGAGCAUUUGGCUUCGUUUCCUCUUUCAGCCGGUGAUAAAAUGGUUUCUGCUAAAGAGCGGCUUCAGAAAGCAAAGGAGUUAAUCACGAAAGGUGAACCAUGGACAAAGGAAAUGGAAUUGUCUAUUACAGAGAAAGAAAUCAUAUUACGUGAUUUUCAAACACAAGAAUUGAUUGAGCGUUAUCCAUCAUCACAUGUUGACUCUGUACAAGAAGUGAAUGAUGAUCCCAUGUUAAAAAGUGUUUUGGUCUUUUCAACUGUACAAACUGCUGAGAAAUAUGCAGCUGUUCAUCUUUUUCAGUGCGAUAAAGUACCCGCCCAUGUUAUCGCACCGGAAAUCAAUAAAAUGAUCGCAAAAAAUCCAAGGGUGAUCUCAAGAUCAAAUAGUCAAACAAAAGGCGUAUCAGUUUUACCACCACCCCCAUCAGCACCAGCGCCAUCUCCACCAAAGGCUGAUAUUGGUGCUAGAAAGACUGAGACUCCCGUCGUCGGACCUAACCAUACAGCUACCAAAACUAUUCAAGGAGAAAGUUACGAUGGGAACAUGUCACUAAACCUCAUGGGGGCGCAGAUUAACCGAGAAGUUCACAUCUUGAAUCAUUGUAUUGAUGAUAUUGAGGAGUUGGUGUAUCGCGUGAAACAAGUUGCAGAAGCCUGGAAACAACUAGAGAUAAAGUAUAAAAGCAAAAAAUCAAAGUCACGUAAACAAGAAGCUGAAGCAAUUGAAAGUCGCUCUCCCCCGCGUGAAGAAUUCAUUGAUGCUUUUCAAAAGUGCAAGUAUUCCUUUAUUCUAUUGGGUAAAUUACGAGAGCAUCUCAAAAAUCCAAGCUCUGCAGAACUUCUGCAUCAUCUUAUGAAUCCGUUGUCAUUGUUGAUUCGAUGUACAAGAGGGCCAGAAGAAGCCAGUAAAGUCAUAAGCCCACUCAUGACUUCAGAAAGCAUUGAAUUAUUACGAAGCACAUUGAAUGACAAAGAAGCCGAGCUUUGGCAAUCACUUGGUCCAGCAUGGACACUUCCGAAAAGCAGUCCUCAAUGGAAUAAUCGUUCAAUAGCUCCUUACGAACCAAAGUUUAGAAGUGGAUGGGUACCACCUGAGAUCAUUGGUUCAGGUCGCAGUAUGCCUGCAAAUGUUGGCGCUACGGUAGCUGCAAGUGCUGCUGAAAGAGGAGAGAAAUUAAAGAACAACGCAAAUAAAGAAGUAACAGUUACCGGUAAAAAGUCUACAUUUAAAAAAGCUACGGCAGUCUUUUCUUUCACUGGAAGUAAUUCCAAGGAACUUUCUGUCGUCAAAGGAGAUGAACUGUUGAUUCUUGAUGAUAGCCGUCAAUGGUGGUGUGUUCGCAAUUCAAAGGGUGGUGUUGGUUUUGUACCAUAUACCGUUUUUACACCAUCAGGUUCCCUUAACAGGAAUGAAGUGAAAACACCUUCUGGAGCUGAAAAGACAAAUUCAAGCAAUGGAGUCUCAAAUGACACUAGUACAUUUGAAAAUAUGAUACAAAAUAGAGCGACGAAGUUGAAAAAGUCGAAGACAUUGAGGAUGGAAAGCUUGGAAAUAAACGAUUGUCUAAUGCUGAUAUGUUGACAAAUGAAUUACGUGACAAAAUUUCUGCCAAAGCUGCACUGACUCCAACAGCAAAUAGACUAAACACUCAAGAAUCGACUAUUAUUCUACGAAAAGGAUCUUCUGCUUCUGACGUCCAACAAUGGAUGAAA